AUGAUCGAGCCUGAUGCUAUCCAGAGUACGUCGCGCUGCAUUCUGGAUUGCAAGCGAGCAACAUCCCCAUUGCAAGACCCCAGCCGUGGAUUUAUAUGCCGCUAUGCCCAAAAAGGACGCCCCUCUCCCUGCCCCUGCCACCGUCCCUGCCACCGUCCCUACCCCUCUCCCUGCUACUGGAGAACGCCCCUCUCACUGUCCCUGCCCCUGCCCCUCCCCCUCUUCCUGCCCUUGCCCCUGCCACCGUCCCUGCCACCGUCCUUGCCCCUCUCCCUGCCACUGGAGAACGCCCCUCUCACUGUCCCUGCCCCUGUCCCUGCCACCGUCCCUGCCCGUGUCCCUCCCCCUCCCCCUGUCCCUGUCCUUGUCCCUGCCCCUGUGAGCAAGCAAAAGAUGCCCCGCGUGCGUCGGCGAGGGGCACCACCGCCAGCACCUGCCACGGACAAAGCGCGUCUGUUGACCUGCGCUACCCGCGGCCUGCACCCUGGGCCUGCAACCACUCAACCAGAACCAUCACACAACCACGCCAACACCCAGCCACCUGACCUCGCUGUCUCACGGCAACAAGGCAGCUCCGCCGUGUUGCUAACGACUUCCAGCAGUGGCGGAGGCCGGCUGGUCAUUAGUCCCGGCGCCCAACGCUUCUUCUUGACACCCAAAUUGAAUAUCGAGCGAGCAGGACCUCAGCCUUGUAAUCCUAAGGGCUUCAAGGCGGCCGCCCCUCCGCUCUCCGAGGGCGGCGCCCGACGCUGUCGACCCAAGACGCCGACGAGAGAUCGAAUCACCGUCGAGCCUCUGACGUCACUGAUCACCCUCCCGCAGCAACAACAACAAAAUAUGAAUGAAAAUUAUAUUCCUGUGUUCCCAUUCUCACUUAACGUCAGGAUUAAAGGGGCGCAGCCACCACACCUUAGACUGCACCUGAGCAUCACACCUGCCCCACCCACCUCUCAUCAACCACACGCCCAAAAAACGCCAAAUAAAAACAGAUUCAUGAGCGCAGCUUUAUCAACCGACGGCCCCGAAAGAGUUGACUCGGCAUGCAGCUGCCACGGCGCAUCAACGGCGAAGUACAUCAAUAGUGCCGCAAGAGAGGCCGGAGUGCCACGCCGUUGGCCCUCGCAGCCGGCGGACGCGUCACCGGAGUCGAGCGAGGGCCACGGCGUCCGAGAGAGCCCACCGCCCCGAGAGAGCCCCGCCCACCCCGUCCGCCCGCCGCCGCCGCCGCCAUCCGUCAGCGAGCGGCGCAGCGAGUCAGGACGACGCGCCCGAGCAACAGAUCUCCCGAGUCUCGCAAGCCGUUAG